AAUGUCAGACAAGUUUCAGUGUUUAAAACGACUUUUAAUUUGAAUUUUCUAUUAAUGGAGAUAAAUUUUGACGUUAAAUAAAAUUAAUUAAACUUUUGUCAAAUAUCAAAAAUCAUAUUAAAAUAUAUAUUUAUGUAAAAACAAAAAUACGAAUCAAUAAAAAAUCUUUAGACAACAAUUACAAAUUAAAACUUGUUACCGUGUGUUCGAGAUGCAUUUAUUUGAAUAGAUGAAUUUAAAAUAGGAUAAAAAUAAAACAAUGUUUCCAUUUUUAGCACACAUAUAUGAAAAAAAAAAAAUAACGAUAAAUAAAUUACCACCGUUGGAUACUGAUUAGUAUCAUUCACCUAUAAAUCGACGCACUGAAUAAAUUUAUACAUGCAAUCUUUGACUACUGCACACAUAACUGAAAAAUAUAUUUAAAAAUUAUAAAUAACGAUAAUUUAAUACGCUCGAUAUAUUAUAGAUCAAUAAAAGAAAAUAAAUUGGAGUUGGCAAUUAAAAAGAGCUCAGAAGUAAAUUAAAACAACUUACCAAAGAUUACUUAUGAUUAUCAUGAGAUUAAGCAAAUAAAUUAAUGACGCGCGUAAGUUUGAUAAAGUGAAAAAUUAUUAGAGGUAAUAAUUAUUAUUUGCUAAAGAAAACUCAAUGAACUCUAGUGACACUAAAUCAACUGGCGUAAUGCCAAGGUCACUACAAUUACUUAAAUCAUCGCAAUGGGUCUUGUUAUAGCAUCGCCAACAGCGAUGAUAAAUUCACAAAAUUAUCUCAUCAUUUUACCUCCAUGUGAUAAUAAUAAUAAUAAUAAUAAUAAUAAUAAUGAAAAUGAUAAUCAGAGUAUUAACAUAAACAAGACGAACAAGAUUUGGAUGUUAAAUAUGAGCCGAGACGACAAUAAUUCAAUGGUAAAUUUAACAAGUCUAGAUCAUGCUCCGAGUUUGACAAAUAGUGCAUUUAUAAAAGCAAUUGUACUUGGUGUUAUGGCAGCAUUUAGUCUUGUCGCAAAUGUCAUAACCAUUUGGUCAAUAACUAAAAAUCGUCGAAAACGACAUAAAAACUAUUCCGCAAUUUACACAUUGAUAUUACAUUUGUCAGUUGCGGAUUUACUGGUAACAAUAUUUUGCAUUGCUGGCGAAGCAUUGUGGAGCUACACGGUCGCCUGGAUAUGGGGCAAUGUCACAUGCAAAUUAUUCAAGUUUCUACAAAUAUUUAGUUUAUAUUUAAGUACAUUUGUAUUGGUACUGAUUGGCCUUGAUAGAUUUCUUGCCGUAAAAUAUCCUAUGAAGAGUCUCAAUAAGACAGAUCGAUGCAACCGACUUGUACUUAUUACCUGGAUUAUUUCUUUCAUAUUAAGUAUUCCUCAGCUGAUAAUCUUCCACGUUGCUCAGGGUCCUUUUAUUGAAGACUUUUCUCAAUGUGUAACACAUGGAUUUUAUACACAAGUCUGGCAAGAACAACUCUACACUACUCUCAGUCUUAUUUUUAUGUUUAUAUUACCUCUCAUUAUUCUUGUCGCAACUUAUGUAUCAACUGUCAUAACAAUUUCGCGAAGCGAAAAAUCAUUCAAGUUAGACGUUACAAAUAGUAAAAUUAAAAAUCAGAUAACCGGAGAUAUUAAUCGCCGUAGACUAAUGCAUCGUGCUAAAAGCAAAUCCUUGCGUAUAAGUAUUGUCAUUGUAACGGCAUUCGUUAUAUGCUGGACACCUUACUAUAUAAUGAUGAUAAUAUUUAUGUUUCUCGAUCCUGAUGAACACCUAAGUGAAGAUUUACAAAGUGGUAUAUUUUUUUUUGGUAUGAGUAAUAGUCUUGUAAAUCCAUUGAUAUACGGAGCAUUUCAUUUAUGGCCACAGAAAAAGUCUCAUCUGAAAUUCCGUCGAAGAGAAAGUUCAAUGCUUCAGCACAGAAGUACAACAACCCACACAAGUUUUACAUUAGCUACACGUCGCUGUAGCACCCGUCUAAUUCGCAAUCCGCAAGGAUACUUGACUUCAACGAAAACUAAAACAACCGACAAGUUUAAUGAAAUCUCCCAUCCAAUCGACGAGACGAUGUUGGUUACGUUAAUCAAUGAACCGGCUAACAAUAACGAAAUAUCAACACGAUAUCCUUCAUCAAAGCUUAUUAUCCAAUACAAUAAUAACCAUUCGGAUGCUAAAGAUAUUACAAAUAACUUUAUCCAAAAUAACUAAUAUGCUAUUGAUCCAUUAAUAAUAACUCAUCAAUAAUUGAGCUUCGAGUCAAAAUUAUUCUCGUUGAGUCAAAAAUAUACCGACUGAUUUAUUAUUUUAUUUAAAUAAUUAAUAAAGGAUAUUAAUUACUUAAAAAAUUAAAAAUUAUUAUAUUUUAAAUACUCAAAAAGUUAUUUUUUAAAUUUUACAUCUACCUCAUAAAAUAUCAAAUAAAUUUAUAUAACAAAUAUUUAAAAUAGCUAGUGCAUCGUAGAUUAGUUUUAUUUAUCUAGAUUGAUCUCCAGGACUUGAAAAAUAAUUGUUAAUUUUAAAAAAAUA